UCUGGGAGCCAAUCCCCCGGGAGAGGGGGCGGACCCCCAGUGCCGCAUUUCCUUGCGUCAUUCUCCCCUCAGCCAGUGGGAGUGUUCGCGACGAGCGGCCUCGGCUCCGCCCCCAGCCCUGGCUCCUGGUUUCCGGGUCCCAGGUCCCCAGAGAGGACGUUAUGAGUUUCCUCCAUUUCGAGACAGUUGAGGAAACUGCCAGAGGGUCAGACUCCCCACCGUCAGUCCCUGUGUUGUCCUCGGGAGCUUGGGGCCUGUGUGUGCUCCGCCCUCCCCCACAUCUCGCUGACGUUGAGAGAGACUUGUGCAGAGCCAUGAGCCCGAAGGCUUGAGCUGCUUCGGAGGAGAGAGCCAGUCUCCCGAGCCCCAAGAUGGCGGCUAAGAUGGAGAUAACUUUGAGCUCGCAGUCCCACAUUCAGGCUUCCUCCAAGCCAGAGAGACACAUAAUAACAAAACUGGAAGACAAACGGGGACCCACUCUGCAAAAAGACCGCCCCGAUCCCGAGCUCUCCCGCCAGAGCUUUCGACGGUUUUGUUAUCAAGAGGUGUCUGGACCCCAAGAGGCCCUCUCCCGGCUCCAGCAGCUCUGCCGUCAGUGGCUGCAGCCCGAGCUGCACACCAAGGAACAGAUUUUGGAGCUGCUCGUGCUGGAGCAGUUCCUGAACAUCCUGCCUCCGGAGAUCCAGGCCCGGGUCAGGCAUCGAUGUCCAGUGAGCAGCAAGGAGAUUGUGACCCUGGUGGAAGAUUUUCAAAGAGCUCCCAAGAGACCAAAGCAGUGGGUGGCCGUUUGUAUGCAGGGGCAGAAGGUGCUCUUGGAGAAGACGGGGUCUCAGCUUGGAGAACAGGAACUCCCAGACUUUCAACUGCAAACUCCUAGAAGCUGUCCCAGGGAGAACUCUUUGGAGGAGCCUUCCCAGGCGGAAUCUCAAGACCAGCUGAGCACUCAUCAUUGGGACAAGUCCCCGCUCCUCCAGGAACCAAGCCCCAAAUUGGCCGGCCCAGAGGCCCCCAGAAUGAAAAGUGACAACAAGGAAAAUCCACAGCCAGAGGGGGCUAAAGGAGGAAAGCCAUGUGCAGUUUCCCCGGGCAGAUCCAAAGGGAAUGGUCUGCAGAGUCCUGAGCCGAGAGGGGCGAGUAUGAGUGAACCCCGGUUGUCCCGGAGGCAGGUCAGCCCCGCAAAUGCUCAGAAGCCGUUCACUCACUAUCAGAGACAUUGCAGGGAACUGGAAUACAUCAGCAGCCCCCUGAAAAGCCACCCGCUGCGAGAGCUGAAGAAAAGCAAAGGAAGCAAAAGGAGCCUGAGCAGUCGUUUGCAACGUCUUGGUCACCAGCCGACCCGCUCAGCAAAGAAGCCUUACAAAUGUGAUGACUGUGGGAAAAGCUUCACGUGGAAUUCGGAGCUCAAAAGACACAAGCGUGUACACACAGGGGAGAGGCCCUACACGUGCGGAGAGUGUGGGAACUGCUUUGGGCGCCAGUCCACCCUGAAGCUGCACCAGAGGAUCCACACAGGGGAGAAGCCGUACCAGUGCAGCCAGUGUGGGAAAAGCUUUCGCCAGAGCUCAAACCUCCACCAGCACCACAGACUCCACCACGGGGACUGACAGUGGGGCUUCGCGCACUCAGUUCAGAAGGAAGGCGUCUGUGUUUCUCUUUCCCCUCACUUGCAUGUAAACCACAGACUGUGUGACUUACAAGGAAAGCAAGAAGUCCCUGAGGAAUGCCGGUGCACAUUUGGCUGCUGAGAAGUCCCAGAAGACACCAAGGGGGAUGUGACCCUGUUGGUGACCGAGUGAAGAGAUGGCGGCUCUGGGUGUUGAGUCAGAGAGAACCGGGGUUUCUGCUAGAGAGCAGGGAGUAACUGUCAAGACAAUCCGGCCGAUCCUGCGGGGUCUCCUGCCCCUUUAUUUAUCCUCUAAACAUGUCCAAGGGUAAAUUACGUAUAUAUUUAAUGUACUUGCUGUCAUACCAGACACUCUUGAUCGUACACACGCUUCUUUAAUAAAGAUCGUGAGCCACUAGAAUUUCAAGACAGAAGGUCAUUGGAAUAUAAAUCCCCUAAUAUUCUUACUCUAGUUUCUGGCUGGUCAUAACAAAGGACACAUGAAGUGAGAGUUUGAACAUGUUUGUAUGAAGAGAGGAUUUCCAAGUAAAUAGUGCUUUUACACACACACACACACACACACACACAUUCAGUUCACACAUGUUGAGGGAAUUAUUUAUAUGAAAACACCUUUGAUUUAGGAAGAAAUCUCAGCUGCUACAGCCCCCGCCCAGGCAACAGGGAAAGGCUGCAAUGGGGAAGAAGCAUGUAGUGCGUGGAGACAGCUAAGGACAUGCCAAAGGGACCCUUACUAACCUUCCUCACUCAGGCUGGCAGCCUUAAGAAAAACAAGAUGAUUGGGGGAUGGAGUGUUAUAAAAGUGGAUUAUCUCAGUACAUUUACUAAAACUCAUUGAAAUGGGUUAAUUUUAUGAUAUAUAGAUUAUAUCUCAGUGAAUUUUCUUAAAAAACACAAAAUAUAUUUGUAUAAAAUAUAAAAGUUCUGGAACAAAGCCAGAGAGUUGAUCGAAUUCCAUCCCAUCAUUCUCUCAACUAAGAGUCCAAACCCAGUCAGUAUAGUUCUCAGUCACCCAGAGCAAGCCAGAGGACCUCUGAGUUCAGAGAAGACCCCGGUGGAUGGGUGCACCGCCUCCAGCAGGACACGGGUAGGUGGCAUUCUUGCUAAAACAGCGGGAUCCUCCAGUUGCUGCCAGUCAUCUCCGGGCUGUGUCUUACCCUCACCCAUCACAGUUCUGCACAUGCUGCUCCCUUUGAAUUUAGGACCUGCCACCCCCACUGCUUCCUCCCUGUCCCAUCUCACAGGAGCAUCUUACUCAGCAAAACCCUCUCUGACUGGUUCCAGGCCGACUUCAUUGUGUCCCUCCCUGCUCCACUGCGCACACCAGUGGGGCUCAACCUGGGAGCAGAUUUGCCCCCCUCCUCCCGGGGGGCGGACAUUCGGCCAUGUGUGCAAAUGCUGCUGGCCGCUCGCGGCUAGAGACCAGGGAUGGAGCUAAACAUCCUACAGUGCACAGGACAGCCCCACAGUGGAGUCGCCUAGUCCAAAGUGUCAGUGGUGACAAGGUUGGGGAGCUAUGCCGCACACGGUAAAAGCUCUUCAAGGACAAGAACCGUAUUUUUCUAACAUCUUAGCUUUUAGACAAAGCCUAAAGGAAGCCAAGGGAAGUAGGUGUUUGGACAGGGCUUGGUCCUGCCUGAACCGGAGAUCCUGGUGACAGUGUUGAAUGCAGUUGACAAAGCUUCUUACCUUUGGGUCAGCGAGAGACUGAAUGGAAGCUCUGUGGCCUUUUAGAUUACAUCACAGUCCCCCUCCCAGCAACCGUAUUAGGUGUUAGAGGAGCUUGUCUGUAUUACUAUGCCUGCACCUUACCUCGCCCCCAUCUGUCACCUCUUACCGGUUAGAGCCUCCUGAUUGCUUAUUUGCUCCAACCUCAUCCAUCGUUUUCCAGGACAGUUUUGCUGUCACAGGACCCUCCUAAUCAUGGCUACGUCUGUGUCCGUUUCCCAUUGGCUCUCUAACGUGAUCACAAAUUUAGUGGCU